AAACCGCACCGGAAGUGAAGUUCCCAGCUCUUUCUAACCUGGAUCGAGGUGGCGUCUCGUCGCUACGGUUCUCUCUCUCUGUGUUCCUGAGAAAGUGUGUGUGAGCUCCAGCACUACUGAUCCAUCAUCUGUGUGUCUGGAUAAACCUCCGAAUGGACUCUGUGCUCUUUUUUCUGGAGCGUUUACCUCGGACUAUAGGAGCUAGCUUAGCAUGCUAGCUGGAAACACGUUGGCAACACUAGUCAGAUUGAGAGUUUGAUGAAGAGAGAAACGGUGUGUUUAACGGAGUUUGCAGGAAAAGGUGAUCUAGUAAACAUGAGUAAAGUCCAAAUGCUGCUGUUGUUGAAGAAGCAGCGACUCACUGCUGCUGCUGAAGAGAUAUUUGCUCUGUUUGAAAAGACUAUAGCAGAGCUCGAGGAGGAGCUGUCUCGUUCAAAAGAGGAGAACGAGAGACUCCAGAAACUACUGGACGCUGUUUUACAGCCUCAGCUUCGGAUACACAGAGCAGACGUCAAGCAGCUGGUGGUGGUUAAAGAAGAGCUUCUCCAUGACCAGCAGGCGUGGAGCACCAGUCUGGACCAGGAGGACCCAGAGCCCCCCCCACACAUUAAGCAGGAACCGGAGGAACUCAGGAUCAGUCCGGAAGGAGAGCAGCUUCAGGACCAGGAGGAGGCUGAUAUCACCAAGUCCACUUUCACUCCUGACGCUGUGAAGAGUGAAGAUGAUAAAGAGAAACCUCAGUCCCCACAGCCUCAUCAAAGACAAACUGAACACAUGGAAACAGAAGCUGAUGGAGAUGACUGUCGAGGACCAGAACCAGCCAGUAACUCGGAUCCAGAGAGCAGUUUACAACCAAAGAUUGAGGGUGACACUGGAGACUGUUCUGAACCUGACACUGGAGACUGUUCUGAACCUGACACUGGAGACUGUUCUGAACCUGACACUGGAGACUGUUCUGAACCUGACACUGAAGACUGUGCUGAUUGGAAAGAGACCAGAGAACCUGCCUCAGUCUCAAACUCAAUGAAAAAUAGACAUGAAUCUGUCAGUGAUCAACGACGUAGUAAUGAAAAGAAACAAUUUGGGUGCUCCGUUUGUACGAAAUAUUUUGCACGGAAAGGAGAUAUUAUGAAACACAUGAUAAUCCACACAGGAGAGAAACCACACAGCUGCUCAGUCUGUAAGAAAGCUUUUUCACAGAGUGGACAUUUAACUGGACACAUGAGAAUCCACACAGGAGAGAAACCACACAGCUGCUCAGUCUGUAAGAAAGCUUUUUCACAGAGUGGAGGUUUAAAGGACCACAUGCGAGUCCACACAGGAGAGAAACCUCACAGCUGCUCAGUCUGUAAGAAAGCUUUUUCAUAUAAUAUAAGUGCAAAGGUACACAUGAGAAUUCACACAGGAGAGAAACCAUACAGCUGCUCAGUCUGUAAGAAAUCCUUUUCAGAGAGUGGCGGUUUUAAACAACACAUGAGAAUCCACACAGGAGAAAAACCAUACACCUGCUCAGUCUGUAAGAAAGCUUUUUCACAGAGUGCACAUUUAAAGGGACACAUGAGAACCCACACAGGAGAGAAACCAUACAGCUGCUCAGUCUGUAAGAAAGCUUUUUCAUAUAGUGGACAUUUAAAGAGACACAUGAGAGUCCACACAAGAGAGGAAAUAUACAGCUGCAAUGUUUGUGACAAAAGAUUUAAAUGCCUUAGUGAUUUGAAAAGACACAAGUGUGUUGGUCGUCAGUCCUCACGGCUUAAUGCAAUUCAAACUGAGGAUAACAGAGAGGCAGAUCCUCCAAUCAGCAGCUCAGCUGAACACAUGGCUGCAGAAGCUGAUGGAGGACAAUGAAUAAGUCUUAAAUAUGACAGUUCACACGUGAACAAAUCUGUCUGACUGGAUAAACAUUGUUGCACAACAUUCAUAUAAGACUUAAAUUAACUCCAUCUUUAUCAACAUGGGUGGACAAUAUGUUUAAUGUUUUUGUCAUACUGAUUUUCUGAUGUAUAGGUUAACCACUGGCUGUUGAUGAACCAUUUUAUUUUUGGAUUGAGGGCUCCAAGUUUCCAUGUAGAGAUAUAGGAUGAUUUGAUGUAUUGUUCUUCAUUUCUAAAUGUUUUGUAUCUUUGCUCUCCUGUUAAUGAGCUCUGAUUUACAUAAAUGUAGCUGUUAUCUGAUUGUUGAUUGAUUAAUAAACACAAGUUGGAGUCUGUCAGGA